CGGAAGUAAUGUUGGUUAUUAUAGGAAGUUUUCCGCCAGAUGAACGACAGUGAUUUAAGGAAAGCUGGGAAAUUGUAUGGUAUGGACUCUGCAGACAGAAGUCGAAGUCCCAGUCCUGCACAGAGAGAAAACAGUGGACCUUCAGAAAAUGAGUCUAGUCCAGCAUCGGGCAGACCCCAGCAGGCUGGCUCAGUUGAAAGAAGCCCCAAUGAGCGACGGUCCCCUCAGCCAAGUCUUGUGGACCGCAGGCCCUCCAGGAGCCCAUCCUCAAGCAGUUCAGACAGCACCAGCAGCAGUGAUGAGGAUGAACAUCAUUCAUCAGCACUGAGAAAGAUUCGAAGCAGCGUGGCUCAGAUCAAAAGAUCAAGAUCAAGAUCCAAAGAGCAAGACAGAUCUAGGUCCAAGGAAGAAGAUCGGUCCAGAUCCAGGGAUACGGACAGAUCCAGAUCCAGAGAGAAAAAUAGAUCCAGAGAAAGAGACAGAAACAGAUCCAGAUCCAGGGAAAAGGACAGAUCUACAUCUAGAGGGAGGGCGAGAUCAAGAUCAAGAUCCAGAGGACAGGACAGGUCGAGAUCCAGAGGAAGAGAGAGGUCAAGGUCAAGAGGACGUGACAGAUCGCGAUCCAGGGAGAGGGACAGGGACCGUUAUGACAGAAGACGUUAUGCACGGGAUCGCUAUGAUGAUCGGCGCGAUGACAGAGAUGGCCGUUUUGACCGACGAGCCAAUCGAGAGGCUGAUUCAGAUCACAGGAGGCGGGGUCGCUCCGCUUCCCCUCUGGCUGACAGGGAACCAGCUGCGGCCAAUGAGCCGCCAGUCAAAAAGAAAAAGGAGGAGCUUGAUCCAAUCCUGACGAGGACUGGAGGCGCUUACAUUCCUCCCGCUAAGCUGCGCUUGAUGCAGCAGCAAAUCACUGACAAGAGCAGCCUGGCCUAUCAGAGGAUGAGCUGGGAAGCUCUAAAGAAGUCCAUCAAUGGUCUUAUCAACAAAGUCAACGUAUCCAACCUUAUCAACAUCAUCCAGGAGCUGCUGCAGGAAAAUAUCGUCAGGGGAAGGGGACUGCUGGCUCGCUCGAUACUGCAGGCUCAGACGGCCUCUCCCAUUUUCACUCAUGUCUACGCUGCUGUUGUUGCCAUCAUCAACUCAAAGUUCCCUCAGAUCGGAGAGCUGAUCCUUAAACGUCUCAUCCUGACUUUCAGGAGAAGCUACCGCCGCAACCUCAAGCAACAGUGCCUGACCGCGUCGAAGUUCGUGGCUCAUCUCAUCAACCAGAACGUGGCCCACGAGGUUUUGUGUCUGGAGAUGCUCACUCUGCUGCUCGAGCGUCCAACUGAUGACAGUGUGGAGGUCGCCAUUUCCUUCUUGAAGGAAUGUGGUCUCAAGCUGACCGAAGUGUCCCCUCGAGGAAUCAACGCCAUAUUUGAGCGUCUUAGGAAUGUCCUCCACGAGUCGACCAUUGACAAAAGGGUCCAGUACAUGAUAGAGGUGAUGUUUGCUAUCAGGAAAGAUGGUUUCAAAGAUCAUCCAGUAAUCCCAGAAGGCCUGGAUCUGGUGGAUGAGGAUGACCAGUUCACUCACAUGCUGCCGCUAGAUGACGAAUACAACCCCGAGGACAUCCUCAAUGUAUUUAAGAUGGAUCCAGACUUCCUGGAGAAUGAGGACAAAUAUAAAACUCUCAAAAGAGAUAUCCUGGAUGAGGGUAGCAGCGAUUCAGGGGAGGAGGGAGAUGGCAGUGAUGAUGAUGACGAUGAUGAUGAAGAUGAGAAUGAGGAGGAAGGAGAUGAUGAGAAAGUCACCAUCUUUGAUAAGACAGAGGUCAACCUGGUUGCUUUCAGAAGAACCAUCUACCUCGCUAUUCAGUCCAGCUUGGACUUUGAGGAGUGUGCUCACAAACUGAUUAAGAUGGAUUUCCCGGAAAGCCAAACGAAGGAGCUGUGCAACAUGAUCCUGGACUGCUGCGCUCAGCAGAGGACCUACGAGAAGUUUUUUGGCCUGCUGGCUGGGAGGUUCUGUCUCUUGAAGAAGGAGUACAUGGAGAGUUUCGAGGCGAUAUUUUCGGAGCAGUAUGACACGAUUCACCGACUGGAGACCAACAAACUGAGGAACGUGGCCCGACUGUUCGCUCACCUGCUCUACACAGAUUCGGUGCCGUGGAGUGUGUUGGAGUGCAUCAAGAUGAGCGAGGACACCACAACGUCGUCCAGCAGGAUCUUUGUAAAGAUCCUAUUCCAAGAGCUCUGUGCCUACAUGGGUCUGCCAAAACUUAACCAGAGGCUGAAAGACCAGACCCUGCAGCCGUUCUUUGAAGGUCUCUUUCCUCGUGAUAAUCCCAGAAACACUCGCUUCGCCAUCAACUUCUUCACUUCUAUUGGACUGGGAGGACUCACUGAUGAGCUGAGGGAACAUUUGAAAAACGCGCCAAAGAUGAUCAUGACUCAGAACCAGGAAGUCGAAUCAUCGGACUCCUCAACAUCGUCCUCGUCUUCCAGACGAGACGACAGAUCGGAGGAGGAGGAGGCGGCGGUGGAGGAGAGGAGACGAAAAACGGACAGGCAAAGAGAUGACGGACGGGAGAGGGAGAGAGACAGAGGGAGGGAGAAAGAGAGGGAGCGAGCGAGGGAGAGAGAGAAUGAGGCAGAAAGAGAGAGGGAGAGGGAGCGCGAGAAGCAGCGGGAGAGAGAAAGGGAGAGGGACAAAGAGAGGAAUAAAGAGAACAGAGACCGGAACAGAGAGAGAGAUGAGAGGAGGAGGAGAUAAGUCUUCAUCGCGGGAGCAGCAGUGAUGGACUAAUGACUUUUAAGUCUUUUCCCUCUGUGACCCCUCUGUACCUCAGCCCAAACUGUGGUGCUGUGGAUCUGACCCCAUUCUCCAUUCUGUCUGUUUAUUAUUGAUUUUUGUUGUUUUUAAUGAAAUACUUAAUGAAAAAAAGCCCAUUAAAGUUGCAUUUGAUGUUUUUUAUAA